GACGUAUAAACCAACGCGAACAUUUAUUUUUUCUAUUUCCAUGUCGGUGUUAUAGAGAGCGUGCAAUUACCAAUGGAUCAGCAUUAAUUUUGCAAAUUCGUUAUUUUAUUCUUCCGAGCUGCUGAAUUUAGUUGCAGCACAUUUUUCUCUCGUUUGCAGCGCUAAAUCUUGCGCAACGAUUACUGUUUUCAUUUAGAAAUAAAAUUGGUAUUUUAGUUUAUACCGAACAAGCAGAUACAGACGCCCUAAUGCAGAAGACGAAGGAGGAGAAGAAGAAUUCUUUUCAUGAUUUGCUGGGGAUUUUAAACAAGGGUUUGGAUAAAUAAGAAGUAUUGUCAUUUGGGAAUGAAAAAUAAGGGUUUGCACAGACAAUAGAAUGGGGUCUAUUUGUGCUGGCACUGUGGAGAAAACGACAUCAAAAUUGGUUGUAGCAGUGGCGGGGAUCAUGAGCACCCUGGUUGUUUAUGGUGUAUUGCAGGAAAAGAUCAUGCGGAAUCCAUAUGGAGAUGAACGGGCGUUUUUCAAGUAUUCAUUGUUUCUUGUUCUGUGUAACCGUGUUUUGACAUCUACUGCAGCUGCAAUAUUUUUACUGGCCAAUAGGAAGACCAUGGGCCCUGCUGCUCCAUUAUAUAAGUAUGGGGCUAUUUCAUUAUCAAAUAUAUUGACUACCACAUGUCAGUACGAGGCACUCAAGUACGUGAGCUUUCCAGUGCAAACAUUAGCAAAAUGUGCAAAAAUGAUUCCUGUAAUGGUUUGGGGGACAAUUAUUAUGCAAAAGAGAUACAUUGGGCGAGACUAUCUGUUGGCAGUUUUCGUUACAGCAGGGUGUGCUGUUUUCAUUUUAUAUCCAGCAUCAGAAGACAUCACACCGUACAAUACAGGAAAGGAAAGCUCAUUUUGGGGCAUUUUUCUAAUGCUAGGUUAUCUUGGAUUUGAUGGGUUUACAAGCACAUUUCAAGACAAGCUCUUCAAAGGAUACAAUAUGGAAAUUUACAACCAAAUAUUCUACACUACCCUUUGUUCUUGUGCUAUUAGUAUGAUUGGUCUUUUUAUUCAAGGGCAUUUUUUACCAGCUAUAAACUUUGUUUUACAACAUAAAGAUUGCUUUUUUGAUAUUGCAUUACUUUCCAUGGUUGCAACAGCUAGUCAAUUUUUUAUUUCCUACACUAUCCGCACAUUUGGAGCACUUACCUUUGCAACUAUUAUGACAACAAGACAGCUUGUUAGCAUUUUGCUUUCAUGCAUAUGGUUUGCGCAUCCCUUAAGCUGGGUACAGUGGAUUGGGGCAGGGUUAGUCUUUGGUUCUUUGUACUUCAAAAACUUCUUUAAUGCUCAAAGGAAGAAGUUCGAUUUGCCAAAACAACAAAAACAAGCAGAAACAGAAGAGAAUGAUCCAUUGUUAAAUCAAGAAAAAAAUUGCGGGAAGGAUUCAACGCCCAAGUCUUUUGACAUAUCUAUUAGAUAGUAUCAAGUAGCAUGUCUAUGAUUGGAAUAGUGUACUCUGGAAAUCUAGCAGUACACGAAUCAUGGACAUUGAACUGUAAUGCAACUGUAGUCUAAUGUUUUUGAUUCAACUGCAACGACAAGAGCUUUUUUUAUGAGACUACAGGUGAUAAUGAUAUCAGGCAAUUCUUUUAAAUAGAAAUCAUCAAUAAAUGUAGUUGAAUAUUGGGAAUAAUUGGAGAAAAAAUAUGUAUUGAAUGCGCUUUUGUUUCCCUGCGUUGAAAUUAAUAUAAAUGUUGGGGCUCUGUUUUAAUACUAAAUUUUUCAAGGUUUAAAAACUU